CGCGACGGGCUGGAGCUUGACGAGGACUGCCGCAGCCGCACUAAGUAGGAGCUGAUGACUGAGAUCUGAGAUCCGCUGCUCCACUCUCCAGCCCUCGUUGCCAUCUCAAUCCGGCGAGCGUCCCCUUGAUCCCCCAUCUCUCGCCGCUGCCCUCUCCCAGACGAGCAUCUCGACGGGCUACGCGCAAGGCGCAUCCACGUCGUCGCCGCACCCACGCGCACUGCCGCCGCUGCACCUUGGCCGCUGCUGGGCCUCGCCCAUGGACUGAGCCUGGCUGCCCGUCCCAACUCGCGCCAUCCGCCGUCCUGAUGUUCCGCGAUCCGCGGCGAUCGCUGGAGGAGGAGGAGAGGAUGCGGAACCAAGGGGAGGGAGCCUCACCAACGCAAACACCGUUUAGCGGCCGGCCACAGCACUCCCCCAACACGGCGCCCACCGCCCUGCAGCACGCCCACUUCCACCCCCAUCCGCCCGAGCUGCCCCCGAUCAGCACCGCGCUGUACGGCCGCGACAACACGUCGACCUACUACGACCCGACGGGGCGAGACACGGCGCGUUACGACCACGCCUACACGCAGCAGCAGACGCGCGACCCGCACGCCUACCCCGACGCCCGCCCGGCCCACAGCCCCUACGACGCCUACGACAAGCCCUACCAGUCGCCAGGGGGAGCGAACCCGUACGCGCACCCCUCGCCACUGCAGCGCCCGCCGUCGCAGCACCAGCACACGGCCGCCAUCGAGGGCAUGUCGCACUCGCCCGUCUCGCCGACCGUCUACCAGGCCAUGACCCGGGGCGCCGUGCAGCCGCUGCCGCUGAACUAUGCGCGGCGGCCGUCGAUCAAGGAUGAGGCACCGCCGCCGCCACUGCCACCGCCGCCCCCACGCGCCGACCCAAUGUCGCUCUCCAGCAUCAUGUCCUCGGGCGCAGACACCGACCCUCCCCCCAAAGCCCAGCCGCUCCCGCCCGUCAAGCCCGUGUCCAACCCGCUCUAUGUCAAGCAGGAGUCGAGGCCGUCCCCAGCACCGCUCGACAUGCCCACCCGGAGCCUGUACGAGUCCAUGCCGCCCGUGGGCAGCGCACACCCGCCACAGUACACGGCACCGCUCGAGCUAGCCCCGCCAGAUGAGGCCGAAAUCGAGGCUGCUCUCGCGCGCAUCGAGACCACCCAGAUGAACGACCUCGACGGAGCAGGUGCCUCACACGAGCGCGAGGAGUAUGUCCAGCGCAGCAGCAAGCGCGCCCUGGAAGUCGCGACUGCCGAGAAUGAGAAACGCAAGCGACGCCGGACAGCAACCCUAGCACGCUUCGCCGAGAACUUCACCGCCCACCGCGACUAUGCCAAGCAGCAGUACAACGUCGAGCACGAGAGCGAGGCAUGGCAGCAGGUCCAGAGCCAGGAAAUCGCCGAGGAGAAGGAGCGCAAGAAGGACAUGCAGCGCAAACGCCGACGAGAGAAGACGAUCCAGAACGAGGAGGCCAAGCGUGCUGAAGCUCUCGCCAAAGCCGGCCAGGCCGACAACGAGGAAGACAAGGAGCGUCAUCUCAUGGCUGCGCAAAAGGCCGAACGUAAGGCCAAGAACACGUCUCAGCUGCUGCAGGGCAACGCCCCCAACAAGGACAUUCGCGAACUUACGCCUCUUGGACCAAACCUCGAAGGUGGCACAAUGAGUUCCUUCCAGGCAUCUGACGACCUCGGACCGGGUGGGAAGCGGAAGGGCCAGAGUAACAAACGCCUCAAGAAGAGCAAGGAGCAGAAACAGGCAGAAAAGGAUGCCGCCGCUGCUGGCCAGGCUGCGAUUGACCGUGGAGACGACCUUCCUCCGAUCGCGCCACGGGAAGAAGCGCGUCUCGAAUCUUACAAGAACCGCAUGUUCACAGACGGCGUAGGCUCCGGCGUUCUGACAUCCUACGAUUCGUCAGCGUAUCAUACCAUUUACGGUCAGAUUGUCAAGGACAUCGCCCGUAAGGAUGUGCCAAAGGUCAUGCGCAUCAAGGAAAACUCCUUGUCCACGAAACAAUCGAAUCUCCGCAAGACCGCGCAGUUGGCAUCUAAGGAGGCUCGCCGCUGGCAGAUGCGCACCAACAAGGGCACGAAGGAUAUGCAAGCGAGAGCCAAGCGAGGCAUGCGCGAGAUGCUUGCGUUCUGGAAGAGGAACGAGCGCGAUGAGCGUGAAUCUCGAAAGAACGCUGAACGUCAAGAGCUGGAGAAUGCGAAGAAGGCCGAAGCCGACCGGGAAGCCAAUCGACAGAAACGCAAGCUCAACUUUCUCAUCUCCCAGACUGAGCUUUACUCCCAUUUCAUUGGCAAGAAGGCGAGGACGGAUGAGAUUGAGAGGUCGACAGACGAUGCCGAUACCGCUGCAGCUGCCCCCGCAGACACACAUAAGACUUCGAUCGAUGUCUCUGCCAUUCCCGAGGGCGCCAAGGUUACCAACUUCGAGGACCUUGACUUUGACAACGAUGAUGAGAGUGCUCUCAAUGCCGCCGCUAUGGCCAACGCUCAACACGCUAUCCAAGAAGCCCAGGAUCGGGCUCGUGCCUUCAACAACAAGGGCGAUGAGGAUGACGGCGAAUUGAACUUUCAAAAUCCUUCCGGCUUGCAGAACAAGGAAGACUGGAUUCCUCAACCUGCCUUACUCAACUGCACGCUUAAGGAGUACCAACUCAAAGGUCUCAACUGGCUGGUUAACCUAUACGAGCAGGGUAUCAACGGUAUUCUUGCCGACGAAAUGGGUCUCGGAAAGACAGUACAGUCGAUAUCGGUCAUGGCUUACCUUGCUGAGAGAUACAAUAUCUGGGGACCGUUCCUCGUCAUUGCUCCGGCUUCCACGCUUCACAAUUGGCAACAAGAAAUUACCAGGUUCGUGCCUGAUCUGAACAUUAUACCAUACUGGGGUACGGCAAAGGAUCGAAAAGUGUUGCGGAAGUACUGGGACAAGCAGCAUGUUACCUACGACAGGCAUUCGAAGUGUCACGUGGUCAUCACAUCCUAUCAAUUGGUGGUCCAGGACGCUCAGUACUUCCAGAAGAUGCGCUGGCAGUACAUGAUUCUUGACGAGGCACAGGCUAUCAAAUCGUCACAGAGUUCAAGAUGGAAGAGCUUGCUAGGUUUCCACUCGCGUAACCGACUGCUUCUGACGGGUACCCCUAUCCAGAACAACAUGCAAGAGUUGUGGGCUUUGCUUCAUUUCAUCAUGCCGAGUUUGUUCGACUCGCACGACGAGUUCAGCGACUGGUUCUCCAAGGACAUUGAGAGCCAUGCUCAGAGUAACACCAAACUCAACGAGGACCAGCUGAGGCGGCUGCAUAUGAUCUUGAAGCCGUUCAUGUUGCGGCGUGUCAAGAAGCACGUGCAGAAGGAGUUGGGAGACAAGAUUGAGUUGGAUGUUUUCUGCGACCUGACGUACCGACAGCGCGCCUACUACACCAAUCUCCGCAACAAGAUCAGCAUCAUGGACCUCAUCGAGAAGGCCGUGGGAGACGACCAAGACAGUGCCACACUGAUGAACCUAGUCAUGCAGUUCAGGAAGGUCUGUAACCACCCGGAUCUGUUCGAGCGUGCUGAUACCUGGUCACCCUUUUCCUUUGCCUACUUUGCUGAAACAGCAUCCUUCCUUCGAGAGGGCCAGAACGUGCGAGUCGGAUACUCUACACGAAACUUGAUUGAAUACUCGCUACCGCGACUUGUCUGCCGUAACGGUGGCCGACUCGACAUUGCUGGUUCGGAGAAUCCCAAGGCUGGCUUCAACGGUCACUAUCUGUACAAUCUCAUGAACGUAUGGAGCCCAGACAAUGUUGAGCUGUCUGCCCGCAAUGCUGGCGCGUAUUCUUGGCUCCGGUUCUCGGAUUUGUCGGCAAGCGAGGCGUCUAAGGUUGCAAGGAGCGACCUGCUCCAGCGAGCUCUUGACUCUGGCGAGGAGCCGAACAAGACCGGUCGAUUUAACGUCUUCUAUGGCGAUGAGAAUGGUAGUUGGGCGCCCAAGCGCUCGAUGUUGAAGAUUGUCGACCGCCAAAACCGGACUCCUUUGACGGAAGUUGCUACCGAGGGAUACAUGCGUAAUCUCCUCAACGUUUCGCAGUCAGCGUUCGAAGACACAGGGUUCAAUAUCAUCGAGCGAUGCGCGAAGCCUCGUGCGUCUGCGCCUCCGAUCGAGCUGUACUGCGCGAGCCAGGGCGUCAUUGCUGAGAAACAGAGGGAUUUCUUCAACUUGCCUAUCCGAACUGCCUUGUACGGUGCGUCCGAAAGGACCGAACGAACCGUUUUGGAGUCCAAGGCCGCCAACAUGGCUUUGACAAUUCGCGACAAGCUGCCUCCACCGACUAACGAAAGGUCACGAUACACUCACAUCGAGGCUCCUUCCAUGUCGCGAUUCGUCACGGACUCUGGCAAGCUCGCACGUCUGGAUGCCUUGCUCAAGGAACUCAAAGCAAACGAUCAUCGUGUACUGCUUUACUUCCAGAUGACCAAGAUGAUUGACCUUGUGGAAGAAUAUCUAACCUAUCGAAACUACAAGUAUUGCCGCCUGGACGGAUCCACCAAGCUCGAAGAUCGUCGAGAUACCGUUUCCGACUUCCAGAGCGACCGAUCCAUCUUCGUCUUCCUGCUAUCCACCCGUGCUGGUGGUCUUGGUAUCAAUUUGACGUCGGCCGACACAGUCAUCUUCUACGACUCUGACUGGAAUCCGACGAUCGACUCUCAAGCCAUGGAUCGCGCUCAUCGUCUGGGUCAAACUAGGCAAGUCACUGUGUACCGUCUGAUCACCAAGGGCACCAUCGAAGAGCGGAUCCGCAAACGUGCUCUUCAGAAGGAGGAAGUGCAGCGCGUGGUCAUCUCUGGUGGAGCUGGUGCACAGGUCGACUUCAACACGCGCUCGAGGGAGAACCGAACCAAAGACAUGGCUAUGUGGCUCGUGGACGAUGACCAAGCUGCCGAGAUUGAGAAGAAGGAGGCGGAACUGGCCGAGCAAGAGAAGAACGCUCCUCCCGGCAAGAAGCGCAACAAGAAGAAGCGGGUCGAGGCCAAUCUGGACGACAUGUAUCAUGAAGGUGAAGGGCACUUUGACGAGAGCGCAAAGGCAAGCGGCGCGGCAACGCCCGUAGCCAAUGCAGAAGCAGCACCUCCAGGCAGCAAGAAGCGAAAGGGCGGGCUUAGCAAGAAAGCAAAGACGGCCAAGCAGCUCGAGAGCCGCCCCUCCACCGAGGGCCUCGUUGAUAAUGUCGACCCCAGAGAGUCGCUCGAGCUCGAUGAGCUGCCCACAUACGAGAAGCCGACGGAGCCCGCCGCGCCACUGCCCCUCAAAGAGAAGCUGAUUACAUGUUUCUGGAUCGCCCUCAACACAAUGUCCACACUCGGCCUGAUUUUUCUGAGCAAACGUAGGGUCUUUACCGAUGAGCAGCUCAAGGGCUGCCAGCUCAUGGUCGUCAUAUGGCAUUUCACAGCCACCGGCCUCGUUCUCUUCAUAUCGACUCUCGGUCCCUUUCGCGCAUUCAAGGCCGCCCGCUUGAACGUCUGGCACAUGAUGCCCGUCUGCGCCUUCUUCGCCGGCUACGUCGUGCUCGGCAACCUCAGUCUGACAUUCAACACGAUAGGCUUCUAUCAGCUCUCCAAGGUCAUGACAACACCCACCGUCGUUCUCAUCAACUUUGUAUUGUUCCGGAAAAUGGUUACACGAUACAUGCUUGCUGCUAUUCUUGCCACCUGCAUUGGGGUCUCCUUCACCAUCAACGAGUCCGCCAAGACGCAAUUUUUUGGAAUCAUCAUCGCUACCCUCGCCUUCUGCUCGACUGCCCUCUACCAGAUCUGGAUCGGCAAGAAGAUCGAAGACUUCCAGGUCUCGCCUCCCCAGCUGCUGCUCAACCAGGCGCCUAUUUCCGUGUGCCUGCUCAUUCCAUUCGUCCCAUUCUUCGACACGAUCCCAAAUCUCGCCACCGUACCAACAAACAUCCUCUGGUCCGUCUGCGCAUCGGGAAUCAUGGCCUCCAUGUACAACCUCUCGCAAUUCCUCAUCAUCGGCCGUACAUCCGCCCUGACCUUCAACAUCGUCAGCCAUCUCAAGACCAUCCUCAUCCUGUCCAUUGGCUGGUACAGCGAGGGCAAGAUUCUGAGCGGCCGCGAAUGGUUCGGCGUCCUUCUUGCGCUCGGCGGCGGCUGGGUCUACUCGCAUCUGGCGCUCAAAGCGAAGAAGGGCAAAUAA